GUAGUGACAAAUUUAUGAAUCAUUUGGCAACGUGACCUUGGGUACACUUUCUAAAAUUAUAUACCUUAUACGUAGUCUACUCAGCAUAAGUAAAAAACAGCGGAAAGUUGUUGUUCACUGUAAGAACAGCCUGUUGUGAAAAGCACGGUCAAAUGAAAUGAAAGUUAUGAAUUCUAAAUGUUGAUCAGCAGCCUGAACACGUCCUGCAAAUCAAGCUCUGUCUAUUUGUUAUAGGGAGGCGGUCAGCUGCUUAUAUCAGAAAUUCCAGAAAUAUUACCUAACUUUCGGUUUUUAAUACAGUAUGGCAACUUGGGAUGAGGUGCGAGAACUAGCUAACAAACUCAAAGAAACACAAAAUCAACCUAAUAUUUGUAAACUAUCUGAUAGAACAUGGGUCGAUAUUAUAAAACAUUUAAUGUCUGUGAAUAGAUUAAAACUGGUUUUCUCAACUGAUGGGCGAUCAUAUUUAACUCGGAACGAGCUCGAUAAGGAAAUCCGAGAUGAAGUUGAAGCACAUUCUGGUAGAAUUACACUUACAGAACUAGCAUCAAAUCUUGAUGUGGAUUUCGAUAUCAUUGAAUCAAGAGUCACUGAAUUGAUAACCUUAGAUGCACAAAACAAAUCGCCUUGUCGUUUGAUCAGUAUACCCAGUGAAGUUGUCAACAGUUCAUAUGUUCGACGCGUAGCUCAUGAAAUACUUGAUCGACUAGAAGAGCAUGGCCAGACUAGUAUUGGUGAACUAACUGUCAUCUUUAAUCUGCCUACAACAUUCUUAUCGAGUAUUAUGCAAGAGUAUCAAAGUACUUUAUUUCAUGUACAUAAAUAUGGUGAGAAGUACUUUACAGAUACUUUCCUUAAUGCUACUAAGGCGAAAAUUCGAGGUUAUUUUACAGGUGUUAUCCGUCCUGUUACUUUAAGUUCAGUUGCUUCAAAGCUUCAAGUUCCUGAAAAUUUAAUUAAUAGUAUUGUCUCUAGUCUUAUCAGUACUGGUCGAUUGUAUGGUAAUCUGAUUGCCGGUCGUAGUGGCUUCGUUCCAAAAUGUUAUACUUAUGCUGAGGAUACAUACAUCAAUUCAUUUUACUCUCAGAAUGGAUAUAUUGAAUGGAACUAUUUAAAGCGAUUGAAUAUUCCUGAUCCAGGUUCAUAUUUAAAGACUAAGCUUCCGAAUGCUAUGCAUCUACCAGGUCUUACGGUUAACACAUUAAUAGUUGAUCAGUUAAAAUCUCUCAUUUCAGGUGUAAUCCGCGACGUAUCUUGGAUAGACCUAUCCCAUUAUAUUCCAAGUGGGUUAGAUUCAAAUGAAAGAUUGGCACUAGUGAACCCUCUGUUAAAAGAUGCUCCUGUGAAAUUACUUGACACAUAUUUAAUUGCUGACAAAUUUAUUGAAAGCUGCGAAGUUUUUCUUGACACGUAUUUAAGGAAAAAGGCUCAGACAGCUUUCCACCAUGAACAUCAUGCAAUCCUGUCAAGUCCAACUCAACAACAAUCCGUAGAAGUUAAUACACCUAAACAAGUAGUUACAUCGUCCAAAGGUGGAUUUGGUUUUGGGGCACGUGAAAUUAAGACCAAAAAUGUUAAGAAAAAGUAUAAUCCAAGUAAACGUAAGACGGGCAAUCCAUCAACCACUACUGAUUCAGAAAAUAACUUUCCUAGUGGCAUUGGUGAUUCCCAGUCACUAACUAAAGAUCUUUUUGCUCGUUAUGUUCUCAUGGACGACGUUAGAAGUAUUUUGUCUUCACAGUUACCAAAUGAUGUGCCCAGUGAAAUGAUUGACCAGGUCGCUGAUAUGUUGGAAUCUACUUUACAACACUCAUUUAUAAAACAUAUUGGUUCACUGAUUUCACCAAAUGCAGGUGCUAACUUCGAUCGUGAGAAAAAGUUGCAAACACAGGAAGUGGUUAAUAGUAUGGUUCUCAGUUUGCAGUUGUUAGAGAGAGGAAUCUCUUCAAUAAAUCGUGAUAUCCUAAGAAACCAAUUAUUAGUUCAUCUUCUGAAAAAUUAUGGUAUGCCUAUUCUUCGGCAGCUAUGUGAUUAUAUUUCCUAUGAAUUCGGAAUUCCAUGGCCUGAGUCGACAACUAGUAAAAAUGAUCUCUCAAAAACAAACUCUCCCGAUUCAACACAAAAUAACAAUGUCAAAUCAAAUAUUACGGAAUCAUUAAGCAUUGAAUCGUAUCAUCGUCUCCUAGAACUGUUAAAACAUACUAGUUUACCAGAUGCAGUUUCAAUAAGCAGUGCUAUACAGCAAGUUUUGGACAGCUUUAAAGUUGGGCAAAAUAAUUUAACAUCACUUAAUGCAUUUUAUACUUCAAUAAAAAAUUUAUCAGUUGACGUUCUCGGUUUGACUAUUUCCGUAUUUCAUUCAUCUAAUAGUCAUAAUAAUAAACGAGAACGAGACGAACGACUUAAAGCUAAUGAAUUGGCCAUUCAAGUUGAAAUGCAACUCAAGGAAUCAGUAUAUGAUGCUAAAAUUAACAACGAUUUAUUAAAAGUUGCAACAACUGCAACUUUAGCAGCUACCUGUUUAUUUGCUCAAAUUAUUAAUGGUUGGCCAGUGACAGCACCUGGAAAAUGUGUACCUGAGUUGAUCGAUUGGUUUUGUGAAGCAUUAAAAUUUAAAACUGAAUUGGAAAGCAACAGUAAUGAGAAAUCGAAUUCACAUAUCACGGCUUUGAAAACAUUACAGGCUUCAAAUGUUCUCGACGAUUUGAGUAAAUUGGCUAAUUAUAUUUCGGAAAAGGUGCGUUCUGGAAAUGUUUUUGAAGAAGAAUCUGAUAUAAAAGCCCAUUUGAAACAUAUACUUGAUGUAGGGAUUCAGUGUAGAAAACAGUUGUAUGCAUGAAUAACAAAGAAACCUUACUUUUAUUUUGCUGUUAUUCCAGUUACCAGGUUACUUUUUGUGGUGUUUCUUUACUUCAUUUAAUUAUUUCCAUAUUUUGACAAUUUAUAUUUCACAUAUUCACAUUUUUGAGACCUCGUGAGCUAUUUUUUUCGUUACGUAAUCCUUGGCUGGCGUGUAAUUUAUCGAUUACUAAGUACUUCUGUUAUCCACUUAUUUAACGACAUUUUAGAUCUAUUAUAGUGGGACUCGUGUUCAUGGGCUAUUGGAUGAAUGCUGGAGUGUUUAUGACUGUUCAUUUAAAGUAUCAUAAACAACCUAGUAGCUGGUACAAUCGUGUAUUGGUCCAAGGUGCCACAAUUCACGUCAGAAUAGUGAUAUAUGUAGAGCAACGUUUUCAGAAUAGUAAUGUUGGUGACCGUGAGGAGUAUAUAAUUCGAAAAUGAAUGAAAUCGUAAAAUAAAAAGUGUGAAAUUAUAGUAAAACUCAAAAUACAUCUGCAUUAGUUCGAUAAACAUCAUGUUAUGAUAGGUAUAGUAUCAAACCUUUGAUUGCAUCGAUUCCGCCCAGGAGCUUUACAUAUAUAAACUCUGCUCAUUUUAGGAAUCAAUGACCUCAUCAACUAAUAACGUUUCUUAAACCUUUUCCCAGUCUAUGCCAGCCACCGUCGCACGUCACGGUGGAUUUUAGAGCAUUAUUUAUAUUGUAGAAUAUAAAGUAACCGCGAAAGGUAAGAUUUAAUCGAAUCAACAGAAUUUACGACGACCGAAUAAAUUGUUUUCGUUGCGUUAAGGUAGGAAAUAUUUCUUACACUUGAAUAUUUAAUCACUUACGGUUAAAAAGUAGUGUAUUCAACUGAUUAUGUUGGUAGUUCAACUGUUGAAGUUGAUGUUCUACUAGUUUCACUUAAUAUUGCUUUUUGACAUGAUCAGUUUCUGCAUUUAAAUGUACGCUUUCCUUCCAUAUGUUUUGACUUCGUAAUCUCUAAGAACUUAACUCGUUAUAGGUAAUAAAGAGAGAUUAUAUGUUGAUGAUGAAAUUAAUUUGAUUAAAAAAUGUGUGAUAACUAUUCAGCGGGUUUCUGCUUUUGCGUACAUUAAUCUUUAUUUUAUUAGACUUGUUCAUUAAAAUUAGUUGGGAUCAUAGGUGAGUUGUUUAGGAUUAAAUAUUGUAUCCAGUUAACAUCAGAACUUAAUAUUCAUUAUUGCAAAAGUUCUUCAUGAUCUGAACAUAUGUUAACUGUUGGUUUAUAGUAUCAAAAAUGCUUUCAAAUAUACAAAUAAAAAGUUCAAACUAUUGUACUCCACAUUGAUGACUGUCAUAUUUUCUGUUUUCAAUACGUCCAACCGUGUGCACUUUCGUAAAUGUGUUACCAUGGAGUCUCAAAUAUGGCCACAUUUCUGUGUUAUGCUUUCUGGCUUUAAUCAAUGUUAUCGAAAGGAAAAAGUAGCAAAAUCACAUUUAGUACGUUAAAAGGCAGCUCAUGAUUAGUACUUAAGUAAUUUACACACUUGACUUUCAACAAUCUGACAGCAUAUUUGAAACAUGAUACACUUCCGUUUAAUCAGCCUAUAGCAAAUCACACGCAAUUGAGUUUGUUCACAUUUAAUUCGGUCAACUCAUUUUGUUAACUUAUUAACGAACUGAGUCAAUCGUACAACAACAACUUAUCUAUAUCAUUGUAUCUUUAUUAUUGUUGCGAAUGUAUGAACAGGUAUGGUUGAGCAUUACUCACUGCCUACGCAUUUAAUCACGCUGCUAGCCUUACUGCUAACCGCUUAAUUGAUUCGAUGAUUCAUUCACUUCUUUAUGUAUAUAUAUGUCCAUGUUAUUCAUGUUCAUUGCUCUCUCUCUCACUUACUCGUACUCAUAUUCGCUGACUCACUUGCUCUCUUGCCUUUCGGCACAACUCUUUCAUGCUUGUUUGACGCACCUGUAAUUUUGGAUAUCAGUGUAUGGUCCCAUAAUAAACACAAUCAACACUUC